CCUGCGGGGCUGGGACCGGCCGGGCUCGUGCCCCCGCCCCAUUUUCGCUGGGCCCAGCUGCCCCGGUUCGCAGCGGAGCGAGCGGGGAAAACGCCGGUCCCUGCCCGCGGUUUGCCCAGCGUGAGCCCGGUCGGCCCCAGAGAGCGGCCAGCUGCGUCCCGCCCUUCCCGGGCUCUGACCCGGCGCGGGGCCUUUACCCCCGCCUGCUCUCCGCGCAGCCAGCGGGGCUGCGAGUGUCGCGGCUGCACCAGCCGGCGCUCGACUCAGUCCCUUACCCCCGGAGGCGGAGUGAUGCAGUUAGAGGCAGGCUCAGUAGCCCUUGCACUCAGCUCUCCGUGCAAGACGCCUCUCAGUCAUGUCCGUGUAAAGUUAACGCUGUUCGCGCUUGUCAGCAGGACUCAGCAUCCCUGAAAAGGAGCCACCUUCGUGGUAGAAUGUGACAGCUGUUCAACAUGGCCCACUUCCUUCAUGCACCCUGUCCACUUCAAACCAGAAGUGGUGGACUUAUAUGUAGAGCGACAAUAAUCACCCCCCGGGCAAGAAAGAUCCUGAUCCUCAGAAGUAUUUAGGUCCCCAAGAGCCCAUCUUUAAAACAGUGCCAUGUAAGAUCAGUUUGAUUUUUCAUAACUUGAAUGGACGAUGACAAGCUGUCUUGAAGCACAGCUUGGAGGAAAUGAUUGUUGACAAACCAGGGAAAACACCAAUUCAGUUGUUACAUGAAUAUGGCACAAAGGCUGGUAUCACUCCUGAGUACAAGUUUGAGAAGGCUGAAGGACAAGUACAUCUUCCAAGUUUCACCUUUAAAGUCACAGUAGGUGAAAUAACGGGCACAGGUGAAGGUCAUAGCAAGAAGAUUGCAAAACACAGAGCUGCAGAAGCUGCCUUGAACGUUUUAAAAGGAAAUCCAAGUAUUGGUCUUUCAGUGCCAGACUCCAUAGUUCCAGAUUCUCCAAAGCAACCACAAAAUCAAACCAAUCCUAUAGGUACAUUACAGGAACUGGCUGUUCAGAAGGGAUGGAGACUUCCUGAAUAUUCACUUGCGCAUGAGUCGGGGCCUCCUCACAAGCGGGAGUUUACAAUGACUUGCAGAAUAGAAACAUUUGUAGAAACUGGGACUGGGACAUCUAAGAAACUAGCAAAGCGAAAUGCUGCUGAAAAAUUACUUGCCAAAUUCCACAGUUUCCCUCCAGAUAGCAUCAAUAUUUCCUUAGGAAAUGAAAUGGGAAAUAAUUUAGGAUGCACAUGGGAUGCCUUAAGGAACUCAUCAGAAGAAAAAAUUACCUUGCUGAAGAGAAGUCCACUCAGUAUUCCUAAUACAGACUAUGUCCAACUGCUUGGAGAAGUUGCAGAAGAACAAGGUUUUGUUAUAACAUAUUUGAAUAUAGAAGAGCUGAGCGUGAAUGGACAGUACCAAUGUCUUGCUGAACUCUCAACCAAUCCAGUCACAGUUUGCCAUGGUACUGGGAUUUCUUGGGGCAAUGCUCACAACGAUGCUGCUCACAAUGCAUUACAAUAUUUAAAGAUCAUGGCUGGAAGAAAAUAAACUUGAAAUAGAAAAAAAAAUCUUCUGAUAAAGAUUUAACUUAAAAGAUAUUUCCAAAGUUGGAUGUUUUCCCAUAUAUGUAGUUCAAAUUAAUUUUGGGCUAUUUUUAAGUCACUCCACAAACACCGUUUUAAUUAUGCAUUGCUUUGAAAUGAGUCAAUCAUAAGGUUUGCAUUUUGGAUUGGUUUACUGUAUUUAGCUCUCAGUAUUGUAAAGCAGUGAGGACAUUAAAUUACUGCUUACAUACUUACUGAAGAAUAAGUGCUCCCUUAUGGAAAACCUGUAGGGAGAAUUAUAAAUUUGAUACCAAAGUUAGAGAACACAGACAUCAGAGAUGGUAGCUAUAGGAAGACCAAUCCUACAGUGUUCUGAGUACCCCCCAAACACCAUAGUUUUCAAUGUGAGUUGGGGAUUGUCUGCUCUUUGCAGAGGCAGCCCUCUGAAGAGCAUAUUCUGUUGCUGUUUAUACCUCAAUGGAAAGGUUUUUGAUUAUAUGCUUUAAUAUCAUAGAAUAUCAUGGUUGGAAGGGACCUCAGGAGGUCAUCUAGUCCAACCCCCUGCUCAAAGCAGGACCAAUCCCUAAUUAAAUCCCCAAAUGGACCCCUCAAGGAUUGAACUCACAACCCUGGGUUUAGAAGGCCAAUGCUUAACCACUGAGCUAUAAAAGGUGGGAAUGGUCUUUUAUGAAUGUUCCCAUUUUAUUUUAUUUUUACUGUGUGUGAAUGGUGGCCUUUUAAACCCAUUAUCUGAGAUUGGAACUUGAAAGCAAUGUAAUGGCUACAGAAACAUCACUGCCCUCUUUUAUUAAAGAUAUCUAUAAAUGUCAUUAGCUGUUCUUUAAUAAAUUAAGGUUAACUCCUG